CGCAGCCCGGCUCGGCUCGGCGCAGCCCGGCACCGCCCGCCGAGCCCCCCGCCUGCCUCCCGCCCACCCCCGCGCCGCCAUGGACGGGGGCGCCUUCGGAGCGGGGAAAGCCGGCGGCGCCUUCGACCCGCAGGCCUUCAUCCGGCAGCCGCAGACCAUCCUGCGGUUCGUCUCCUGGGUGUUCUCCAUCGUGGUGUUUGGCUCCAUUGUCAAUGAAGGGUACGUGAACCGCGUGGAUGAGGUGGAAGAGCACUGCAUCUUCAACCGCAAUCCCAAUGCCUGCAACUAUGGCAUUACCGUGGGUGUCCUCGCCUUCCUCAGCUGCCUUCUUUACCUGGCCCUGGAUGCCUACUUCCCGCAGAUCAGCAGCGUCAAGGACCGCAAGAAGGCUGUGCUCUCGGACAUUGGCGUCUCGGCCUUUUGGGCAUUCCUCUGGUUCGUUGGCUUCUGCUUUCUGACCAACCAGUGGCAAGCUUCGAAACCAGAGGACAAUCCACUGAAUGAGGGAGGGGAUGCAGCCCGAGCCGCCAUCACGUUCUCGUUCUUCUCCAUCUUUACCUGGGUGGGCCAGGCGUUCCUGGCAUAUCAGCGUUUCCAGCUGGGUGCCGAUUCGGCCCUCUUCUCCCAGGACUACAUGGACCCAAGCCAGGACUCCGGCAUGCCUUAUGCUCCCUACACCAACGAGGAGGAUGCUCCAGAUGCGGUGGGGACGUACCAGCAGCCCCCUCCAGCAGAUGCUUUCGACACCGAGACACAGGGGUACCAAACGCAGAACUACUGAGCCACCGACGCCCCUUUCCCUUCCCCUUUCCCUUCUGCCCCCGUUCCCACUGUCGGCAGAAAGCCGAGGCACAAACAAGACACGUGCAUAGUGGUACAAGAGGUGGCUCUCAGCUAUGCUCCAGCCUUCUGGGUCAUCUGUUUUUAUUUAUUGUUUUUAAAAAAGGCAAAAAAAAAAAAAAAGGAAAAAAAGGUUUCCCCAUCACCUAUUCCUUCUCCUCUCCCACCAAGCUACCUGCCAGAACCAAAUUCUUACAAAAUCUGCAUUUUGAAAGGAAAGUCCCUCCUUUCCUCCUCUCCCUCUGCCUUGUUACAGAGGGCAGAGUCUGUCUUGUGAACAGGAGAAGAGCUAUGGCACUGGCAGGGCAGGGGAAAGGGUGUUGGAGGCAGAACAGAAGAAAUGAGAGGGACCGGGGACCUUCCUAGAAGAGAUAGUAUUGCUAAAGGCUGGAGUAGAUGUGGGAGCAUCCACAUUGGUUUGGAGCACCUGGUGGCUCAGGGAGGAGAAUGGUGUUGGAGUCAGCAUUCAAGAGUGUGAGGAGGGGCCUGAAGGACAGAAGGAACAGCAUUCUCCAUGUAAAGACAGGGGAGCUUUUCCCUGCCACAUGCUAGUGAGGGAGGGGUCCUUUAUUUUUAGAGGGUUUGGGAGAAGUGGUAUUGGAGAGGAGGAGAGUACAAGAAGAAAAAAUGGGAAGUGAAAAAGAAAGAUUUGCAGGUACAAUCAGAAAUCGCAGGCACGUCUGUAGGGUACAGCAAGAGACUGAGCAGAGCAGAGGGGUGGUGCCCUGAGAUUCAGUCCUUCCUCAGCCCCCUUGGAUUGAGGUGGAGGUGAUUCCCCUUGUCUGUACAUCCUGCUAGUCACUGCUCUUCCCAGACCAGUGUUUGAUGAGGCAGCAGGGGAGCCAUGGCCAGCCUCUGGGCCCAGACACUGUGCCUGUGGGAGGAAGGAUGGAGGAGCUGAGCUUUCUAGAAGAGAGUCUUCAAUCCAGCCAGGCUGGUUUGAGGAGGAGAGGGGAGCUUUGUCAUUUCACCCAGACCAGGAGGAAAAGAAAGACAGUUUUGCUCCUCAGGUCCUGCUGAACCUUCCUCUGUUCCUCUGUUCCUUUAGAAUAGUGCAAAGCCUCUUGCUGACACCAUCUUUGUAGCUCACAGGAAUGGAGGAGGACCCCACUUAGGAAGAAAUGCUGCUGCUGGGAUAGCCAGCAUGUGUCUGGCUCUUGCGCAGGAGUGCAGCCAAGUGGGAAGGGUCCUGCCCUGUACGGCUGUGCUUUGCCUCCCACUCGGAUAGGGAAGAGGUCUUGGUGUGCAGAGAAUUGGUUGGGGCCAGACUGAGCUGACUGAAAACUGGUCUUUCUGUACUUGCCACAGACCAUACCUUAGUGCUCUUCUGCAGCAUCUCAGAUCCUGGCUGACUCUAAAGCCUCGCCUAGGUGGCAGCAGCGACUGUUAGAUAGAGCUCUUAUGGGUGUCAUUCCACACACUUCAUGACUGUGCUCCAAGUAAAGACACAACUGUGGAAGCUCACUCUUUGUUCCAAGUUAGAAGUUAGGUCUGUGCCUGAAGACAGAUUCCAGGUUUCUUCUAAAUGGAAAUAAUUCAGCAAUAGCUACCUAGAGAAUUCUCCUGGGCACAGACAUCUCUCAGAGCACAAGAAGCAGACUUUAUCUUGCAGAAGUGAGAAGCUCCAUCCCCCAGGCAGCCAUGCUGCUUGAUGCAACACUGGUCCCAGUAGCAGAGAUCAGGAGCAGAUCCAAAAUCUGUCAGUGCCUGCACUGCACAUCCAGCCUAUUCCUCAUAGCCCCCUUAGGAGUGGGGAGAAUGGGACACAGGUCUGGGCUGUGGUUGUGUGAAUAUCUUAUCUGGAGGACACCAAGGUUCCCAGUCCUUCCCUCCUCCCAGUGCCCCACAAUGAUAAGGAAGGGGCAGAAACUGUAGAGCAGCAGGGGGAAGUGGAGCAGUGUUCUCCACUGUAUAUACAGGCACCGUUUCUCCCUGUUCCUUCUGGCACAUUUGUGCUGCUGGUGGCUGUCCCCAUGGCUUGUCCUCCCCAGGCUUGGCCCGUCUCACUGGUUGUUACCCACUGGUGAGGACAGGAGAGGGGAUCAGGUGGCCCUAAGGACACAGCAGGAAUGACUGGGCACAGGCACACGUCCCUUGCUCUGUGCCUAGCAGUGAAUGCAAUACUGUAAAUAAGAGGGGUACCUUUUGGAAGGAAGCCCCUCGAGCUUCAUUUUCUGUGGGCUCAGCCUAAUAUUUAGGCUUGGGACAGGUUUACUUUAUUGAGAGAGGUUUGUUGUGACUGGAUGUGGGGGGAGCACCCUCCUGUUUGUCUCCCACCAGGGAAGAAGAAUUGAAUGAUGAGGUGGAGGAGGAGAGAAGUUAGUUGUACUCACCUAGAUUCAUCUGUGUCAUCCUUCAUGCUUUCCUUUGGGGUGUGGGGAGGGAACCGAGAGGAGGUGGAGGCUAUAAGGAACCAUCCCUCAGCACAAAAAUAUGUUGUACCUUUUGGGAGGCCCCUCCUCUGUGAGUGACUAGGCACAUAAGGAGAGGUACAGGCAGUAUGUGGGGGAUCUACCUGGGGCUCUGUGGUGCAGGGGUAUCUUGCAUGCCCCUUCUCCCAUCAGAGUUGUGUAGGUGCCUAAACGCCAUUUGGGGCUGACUAAUGAGCAAGCUUUUCUUUACCCUCUUGGGCUUGCUUCCCUCAUGUAACCAGCUGAUGGCUCAGGUGGGCUUGAGGCAGGAAUGAGCCUCCCCCUCAGAACCAGCACUUCAGUGGGACAUGAGCCAAGUGACUUCAUCUUGGGUGACUUCCCAUCUCUCUGUUGUUCUCCUUGCUUUGUGUCAUAAGAAGAGCAUUGAUGUGACACUACAGCAGUAGAUACUCAAGACAGUUCUUGCUUUUGCUUAGGGGAGAAGACACUCUGCUUGGGUUCAUGUGCUUUCAGCCUUUGCAGUGGAGGGUUGUUGGUAGCAGACCUGGGAGUGGGACUCUGCUUGUUUGCAUGUAGCCCUUUAAAAUGCAGAAUGCAAUUUCCAAUGGCAUUUGGCUGGUUCUGCAGCUGAUGAGACAUACAGACCUACCCAAAGGGCUGGUUAUCUUAUCUUAGGUGCUUCUGAUAAGGUGCUGCCUAUUUCUGGUGAUCAUAGGCGAGACCUGAGCAGCUGACUGGAACAUAUCCCUUUUACAUUCUAAGUGUGGGUGAGAUCAGCCCUGCUCUAGAGAUUAGGAGAUCAGAGGGAAGGCUGUAUAAGCAAAAUGAUAAGGCAGCUUUCUUCCCCCUCUGCCAUUUGUCCCGAUUACAGGGAUUACACAUCCCUUUUUGGGAGCAAUGGCCCCUUAAUGUCUUCUUAUUUUAUGAAGCCCCCAAGUAAGGGACUGUUUUGUGGAGGCAGAGGCUGUGAAUGGCAAAGAGAUGAUGAAAUGUUGCCCCAGUUCUGUCUGUGCAUUCAGCCUCCUGAUGUGUCCCCAUCCCUGGAUCACCCAUGUCCCCGCCACCCUGUUCAUCACCUCAUCACACGCCCUUCCUCUCUGCGUUAUUCCUGGCAGUUCCCACAGGGGAGGAGGUGUCUUUGUCCCUGUACCCUUGCAAGCACUUGGGAGGACCCAGGAAGGCAGCAUUGCAGGGUGAUCCCCACAGGAGUCUCAGCUCCCAUCCCCAGAGCAGGUACAAGGUAAGGAACCCAGUGAGGCCACCUCAUGCAGCAAGUUCAAACCAUCCAUCCAGACAACUCCCUGCUGCCUGUGUGGCAUUUGUAACACCACCUGGGCUGCCCUGCCCCUUCCCCUGCCACAUUACUGCCUGUGUAUAGUAUAUAUAUUAUAUAUAUAUAUUUAAAGAGAUGUAUAAUAUAAAGCUAUACAUAUAUACGUAUACCCGAUGACUCAUGGAUGGCCUGCCGCAUACAGGAUCCUCUGAGUGGUCUUGUCGAAGCCCGAGUGUCCCUUCAGCCCUCCUCCUCCUCCUCCUCCUCCUCCUCCUCCUCCUGCCCCUGCCCCCGUCCCUUCCGAAAUUCAACUACAGCGAACCCCGCCACCUCGGCACCUGUGUUUACAAUGUCCUAUAUAUUUGUGGUUAACAAAGUGAAGGUGGUAACUACUGGUGUCUCAAUAAAGUUAUGACGUUCAAAAUAACCAUA